AUGGGCGCCCUGCUCUCGACAGCCCGCUCCCUUCUCAACCUCCUCCUCCCAUUUACGAACCCCAACACCCCCGUUAUUCAAGACCUAAUCCAUACCGCCGUCCUCUGCGGCACCCUCUAUUACGCGCCUCAAAUAGCCGAAUACUAUAACGUCUGCCGCAAUCCUCCCGUCUACAUCGACGAUACCCAGCAGACCGGCUCCGAGCAAGACAAUGCCGCGCUAGGAAACCCCCCAGACGACAUCCCAAUCGACGAGAAUCUCGUCCUACAGCCGGACACGGACGAUGGCGAGGAGGUAGAACCGCCGCCGCUGGCACCCACUCCGCCGCCGGGUCAGGCUCGUGCUCCUCCUGCAGAACCCGCAGUUUGGGGAGGUGUCAACGGCGAUGACCAGCCGCAAUUUGCUGAAGCAGGUCCGGCGAACGCAGACCGUCCCCGCCCAACACCAGCAAACCGCGUAGUCGGCGCCAAGAAAGCGAAAUCCCUCGCCCGCAAAGACCAGCGCCGCGCAUACCACGAGUUCCACCGGCAAGAAGCCGAGCUACGGCGGCUCCGUGAAGCUGAAGGCCGUGAAGAACGGGAAGCCGCGCUACAAGCUGAGAAAGCACGAAGAGCGGAGGUCGAGCGCGAGAUCGCUGAAAGGGAGAAGUCGGAAAGGGAGCGCAAGAAGGAAGAAGAGCGGAGAGAACAAGAAGAAGAGCGGGAGAGAAGAGACCGAGUGGUGCAGAGGGUGAGGAGAGAAGUUGGGGGUAAAGGUGCCGUAGAUCUGGUGGACCUUGCAUGGGAGGAGGGCAAGGACAAAGUGUGGAUUGAGAAGUUGAUAAGGGCGUCAGGCAUGCUCUCACAAGUGGAGAAGGCGGGUUCGCAUACUAUGAUCACGGGCGAUGGAUGGUUGGUAAGGAUUGACGCGGUCCUCAUGCAGAAGGCGUAUGCGGACGCGGUGGCUUUCGGAGAUUCAAACGAAGGGAAGGUCAGCUUCUCCGAGCUUGGCGGCAUCUUGGAGAAGGCCGUGCGAGCUAGGGUGAAGGCACUGGCGCAUUGA